GGUUAGUGUGCUAAUAUGUUUGUCUACACUGAUCCAUUUCAGUGCCAAGAUUACAGACUUGUUUUAGUCUCAACUUGUCAACAAAUAAGACCGUUUGUGGCAGUUGUUGACCUAGAGCUCACUCUUUAUCUCUCUAUCUUGUUUUCUCUCAGUGUGGAGGGACAUCCUCAGUGUCAGGACACGGCUAGCUUUUCCGACAGCACCUGUAGUCAGGGCCCAUACCUGGGCAACUCGGAGCGUUACGGGAACAUCCGAAACAUUCCUGGCCCUCAGGGGCCUCCAGUGGCCCCUUCAAGCCCAGCGACCCUGGCCUGGGCGCAACGGACCCGCAACCAGCCCGCCAGCCUGGCACUCCGCAAGCAAGAGGAAGAAGAGAGCAAGCGCUGCAAAGCGCUCUCUGACAGCUAUGAGCUCUCCACGGACCUGCAGGACAAGAAGGUGGAGAUGCUGGAGAGGAAGUAUGGCGGUUACUUCCUGAGCAGACGAGCGGCUCGCACGAUACAGACGGCAUUCCGGCAGUAUCGCAUGAACAAGAACUUUCAGCGGCUGCGUAGUUCCGCCUCUGAAAGCCGAAUGACUCGCCGGAUCAUCCUGUCAAACAUGCGUUCGCAGUAUUCUUUUGACGAAAGACAGCCACAGGUUCAGCCCCAGAUGCCCCAGCAGCAGCAAGGUCGAUAUACCAGCCAUCACACUUCGACUCUGGGCACAGCUAGCCAGACAGGAACCACAGACUCACAGCAGGAGUCUGACUCACCUGCACACUGUCCUUCAGACAGAGAGGAGUACUCGCGUACAGACGACGCUUUCAACAAACAGGUGACAUCUCUGGCUGACUCUAUGGACGACACUCUGACGUGUCAGUCUGGCCGAGAGGACUCUCAGGAUGGUGGUGAGGGAGGAGGUGAGGAAAGCGAGGAUUUCGGCGAGUGUGUAUGGAGCAGCAAACCUACCUCCCGUAGGGGGGUCAUGGGGGAGCAAGAACGUCUGGGGGUCAUGCACGAGGACAGCACAGCUACCUCGUACAGCGACGUCACGCUUUAUAUGGACGACGGCAUGCCUUGUUCUCCCCUAUCCAUCGAGCGGGUUCCCUCCAGCACCGACACUGAGUACUGGGGCGUCAGCAGCGGGGUCGGAGGACGCGAAGACAGCCGGGAUACAGAGGGCGGCGGGAGCAAUAACAGCCGGCGUAGCACACCAUGCACCGAAUGCAGAGAUUUCCGGUUGCGGGGGUCACACCUCCCCGUUCUCACCAUAGAGCCGCCUAGUGACAGCUCUGUUGACAUGAGCGACCGUUCGGAUCGAGGCUCCCUGAGCAGACAGCUGCUUUACGAGCAGGAGCCUACGGCGGGUGGAUCACCUCAAGGGACUCUCAAACACAACCCCGUCCCUCGCACGCCCAAUCCCUGUGUGGCACAGGGCCAGACGCGACCCCCGGGUCGCCCCAUCCCUUCCCCUAUUCCAACACACGUACCACACCACACAAUGAUGCACCACCAUCACCACCCACACCUUCACCAUCCGUUGCACCACCACCCUAUGCCACACAUUCAUCACCCCUACCCAGACCCCACGUCUCCCUCACCCACUCAGCCUCCACUCACGCCACUUUCUUCCUCGUCCUCCGCGCCACUGCCCACUACUGGCCUGGAGCACUCGGAUGGGGACAACGACUCAAUGAACUCUACCACCAACUCCAAUGAGACCAUCAACUGCAGCUCAGGCUCUUCGUCUAGGGACAGUCUAAGGGAACCCUUGCCUCCUCUGGGAAAACAGACCUAUCAGAGAGAGAGCAGGCAUAGCUGGGACUCACCCGCCUUCAACAAUGACGUGGUCCAAAGGAGGCAAUACCGCAUCGGACUGAACCUCUUCAACAAGAAACCAGAGAAAGGGAUCCAGUAUUUGAUCGAGAGGAAUUUUGUCUCAGACACACCUGUGGGCAUCGCACGUUUCAUCUUGGAGAGGAAAGGCCUGAGUAGACAGAUGAUUGGAGAGUUUCUGGGAAACCGACAGAAACAGUUCAACAAGGAUGUGUUGGACUGUGUGUUGGAUGAGAUGGAUUUCUCAGGCAUGGAUCUGGAUGACGCCCUGAGGAAGUUUCAGGCUCAGAUUAAGGUUCAGGGGGAAGCCCAGAAGGUGGAGAGACUGGUAGAGGCCUUCAGUCAGAGAUACUGCGUGUGCAACCCUGCACUCGUCCGCCAGUUUCAAAACCCAGACACGAUCUUCAUCCUGGCAUUUGCCAUAAUCCUUCUCAACACAGACAUGUACAGCCCCAACGUCAAAGCUGAGAGGAAGAUGAAGCUGGAGGAUUUCAUUAAGAACCUUAGAGGAGUGGAUAAUGGACAGGAUAUUCCCAGGGAUUUGUUAGUGGGCAUCUACCAGCGCAUUCAGAAAUGGGAACUCAGGACAAAUGAUGAUCACGUGUCUCAAGUGCAGGCUGUGGAGAGGGUUAUCGUGGGCAAGAAACCUGUGCUUUCUCUGCCACAUCGCAGGCUAGUGUGCUGUUGUCAGCUGUAUGAAGUCCCUGACCCCAAUCGACCCCAGCGGAGUGGAGUUCACCAGCGUGAGGUCUUCCUCUUUAAUGACCUGCUGGUGGUAACGAAGAUCUUUCAGAAGAAGAAGACGUCUGUGACGUACAGUUUCAGACAGUCUUUUCCCUUGGUGGAGAUGCAGGUUCAUAUGUUCCAGAACUCCUACUAUCCUCACGGUAUCAGACUGACAUCAGCGAUGCCUGGCAGCGAGCGUAAGGUCCUGAUUGUGUUCAAUGCGCCGAGCCAGCAGGACCGAACCCGCUUUACCAGCGACCUGCGUGAGAGCGUCGCUGAGGUUCAAGAUAUGGAGAAAUACCGCGUAGAGUCUGAGUUAGAGAAGCAGAAAGGUGUGAUGCGUCCAGGGCUCUCGAGUGGAGAAGGGGGCGGGGUUGGCGGAAUGAAAACUGAAGCUGUGAACGGCACUCUGGGUAGGCCCAGUCUGGAUGACACGUACACAGCAGGGGAGGGGCUUAAACGAACAGCACUUAGCUCCUCACUGAGAGACCUCUCUGAGACAGGAAAGCGAGGCCGUAGAAACAGCGUUGGCUCUUUGGAUAGUACUAUAGAAGGAUCCAUCAUUAACAGCCCUCAGCCGCAUCAACGCUUGCCCAUGGGGGGCACUGUUCCCAGCUGCUAUGGGCUGGAAGACUACCGGCCUCACCGCCCCAUCCUGAGCCCCGGAGUAGGGGUGGGGGGUGGGCCGGGGCAACUUCACAACGCCGUAGGCAAUAUGGGCGGGGUCCCUGGCAUCAGCGAUCGAGGUGGGGGGCCGGGGAGCAGUUCUGGAGGGAGCAAUUCCGGUUCCUUCCUGGGCUCCCUGUUUGGGAGCAAGCGCGCCAAACCCCCUCCUCCCCUUACUCCCCCGGGGCCACAUUACCCGGCCCCCGUGCCACCUCCUACUACAGGAGGGCCGCCGCCUCCGUCCCCCUCCGCCCUCAGCCAGUCAGAUCCAGGUGGGCCGUCCAAGAUCCAAGCGCUGCACGCUCAGUACUGUCACAACAACUUUGGCCAGCCUCCGCCCCCUUACCACCAUCAUCAUCGGUACCAUAUGCAGGCCGUCGCCCCUGGCCAUCCACCCGCUAUCCAUCAUAUCCUACAUCGAGGGUCCCUCCCACGGCGCGGGCCACCCGUGCCUUCACACACCCAGCUCCAGCAGCACCAAUCCCAUCAUGCUAUGCAGCAAGGCCGCUACGGCAAUAUGGCCUGCACCCCUCCGCCUCUGUCCCCGCAUUCACCCAAUUCCCCUAUCGCCCCUUUCACCUUCUACCACAUGCAUCCCAAUCCCAUACGCCACGUACGGAUGCCCGGUCCUACCGGCAAACUUCCUCUCACCCUGUCUCACUCUCAGCCCCACCCUCACGCCCACUCCCACGCUCACUCUCAUACCCACAGCCAUCUCGUCCAUGCCCACAGCCCACACCCCUUGCUAGAUCACUCCGCCCAUCCAACUCACUUCGUUUUCACCACCCCUCAGGCACCAUCCGCUAUCACCGCCCGCUACAUACCCCAGGGCGCCGCCCACUACAUCCCACAGUAUCCACCCCUCUCUUCCAUCCCACCUCCUCCACCACAUUCCCCGUUACCUCCACCUUCAUCCCCACAUACCCCCCUCACCCCCCUCACACCUCUUACCCCACUCUCCCCGCUGGCCCCGCAACUCCCAGGACCCAUGGGGGCACAGUCGGGCGGACCAGGGAGCGGAGGAGGAGGCGGAGCCAGCAACAGCAGCACGGUCGGCAGCUCCAAAUCCAAACCUAUCAACCGCAUCAGCACGGUGGUGUGAGAGUAAGUCACAACAGAGGGCGCAGGGGGCCAUUGCGGAGGAGCCGGAGUCCAGGCAAGAGGAAGCACACCAUACUCAGACUCUGUUACUUCCAUAUCCGCUUCC